GGGGAGCAGCUCGUCGUUGCGGUACCAGGUCAGCUCUGCCGCCCGAAAGCUGCCCCCCCCCGCACGCAAGAAAAGGGAGGAAAAACAUCACAGACGAGGUGUUUUGUUUCCGCGAAAUACCACAAACCCUAGAUAAUGCCCCAUCCAAUCUGUCAAGGCCAUCCUUUUUCUCUCUUUGUUUGCUUGCUAGUAAGAAAAGUGUUUUGGUUUUUUUUGUAACUCGCAGAGCUCUCUCGGAGCCCAGAUAACCGAGACAAACAGUCUAAACAAGCAAUGUGUGAGAAUUAAGAACAUCGCGGCAGUCUGUUCAAUUUCUGGACGUGUGACUUCUGUGCCUCUUCGAAGUGGUAAAAACUAGUCAAAUCCACUCUCCGGACUUCUCUGCGUUAGCAUCUGGGUGGUGUUUCGAGCCCAGGGGGGAUUGUGCUACGAUGUUCCCUGCGGUCCUCGUCCUUGGCCCGCUCUGGAUCCCGGCUCUGGUCCGGGCCCGCGGGGGAGAGGAGCCGUCCAGGGGGGCGGCGCUGUCCCGGUUCAGAGAGCGAGUCCUGGAGGGCCUGGGGCUGGACGGGCCCCCUCCCGGAGCGGGAAUGGGAUUCGAACCCAUCGACGCCACGCGGCUGGAAACGAUACGCGUCCGCGCGAGGUUGCCCAGGAGGAGUGAAGCGGCCGGCUCGGCCCGGGAUAGGACUCAGAUGAUCGUGUUCCCCUCAUCUGCGAACUCGUCCUGCUCGGCUCCGAGAGAAACCGUCCGUGGUCAGUUCGCAUAUUACUUCCAGCCCUCCAUCAACCUCCGACACGCCGUGGUCACCUCUGCCCACUUUUGGCUCCACGUGGGGGAAGGGGCCUCGGCAGACUCGUCCGCCCCCCUCUUCGUACUGGACUCUGGCCGGAGGCUCCUCCGGGCAGAAUCGAGUCCAGACGGGUGGACCUCCUACCUCCUGGACCAAAGCCUGCUGGCCUCUGUGGCCUCGGGCCCCUUCGCGAUCCACGUGGGCUGCCCGUCCUGUCCCUGUCGGGCCACCGGGACGGACAGGACCCCGUUUCUUCACGUGCGCGCCAGGCCCCGAGCGCCCGCCCGGUCCCCGCGUCAGGUGACCGUCCCCUGGUCCCCCUCGGCCGUCCGGCGCCUCCAGAGGCCCUCGGGGGAGGAGGAUCAGGGGGACUGCCGGCGGGAAGAGGUGGAAGUGGCCUUCCGGGAGCUGGGCUGGGAGAAGUGGAUCGUCCACCCGGAGGCGCUGACCUUCUCCUACUGCCGGGGGAACUGCUCGGUGGCGGGGGGGCGGAGCGCGGCGGCGACCCUGUGGGUGACCCAGUGCUGCGCCCCGGUCCCGGGAACCAUGAGGUCCGCGGAGGUGACCACCACGUCGGACGGAGGGCACUCGUUCCGGCGCGAGAUCCUGCCCGACCUCAUGCCCGAGGAAUGCGCUUGUUUUUGAAUAAAGGUUUUGAGUUGGCUUACUCUACCAACCACCAUAAUAAAAAUGUAUGGAUAAAAUGUAGAAUAAAUUAUUUUUUUUAAAUCCCUAAUGCAGACCAUUCAAGAUCGAAGGCUAAUCCCAGCCUUUUUUUUUUUUUAAUUCUGUCAGAUACAAUUCUAUAUCAUAAAAAGACAUUGAAAUGUUUGCAUUACCAUGUUGAGUUUAAACUUUUUGGACAAUUUCCUGUCGCAAAAAAAUAAAAAAAUAAGGCCAUAAAAUGGCCCAGAUUUGUGUAGUCUCGUGGAAAUAAGGGCUGACCUAGUAAAGACUAAAGAAGCCCCAUUUGAUUUGGAAUCUUGGAUGAUUUAAUAGUUUGUGUCCCGAAAAAUGAGCUAUUGCAUGAAAUCGUAAGUCAAGCCACCUUACAAAACCGUCGGCUUCUGUCAAAGAUGUAAACAGAAAAGACUUGACCCAUUAAUCAGUUGCAUCUUAAGGCAAGUUUUGACCUGCUUGACGUCUUAUACCUCAUUUAUCCUUUCCCAAUUAUGGCCUGUAGAUGGCGCCAUUGGCCCGCUUUUAUUUCC